AUGAAACUCUUGUCACUGGUAAAGCUUAAGAAAGCCCCGUCAGGCGGGAUCCUGCGGAAACAUCAGGCCUAUGCCGAAUCCUCUAAAGAGGGGGCGCGAGGUGUUGGGUCUCGCCGCCUGAGGAGGAUCCCGAGUAGGAAAGCGCAGGCAAGGCCUUGCUGCGCCGGAGCCAAGGCACGAUGUCCCAGGGUCCGCUUGGACUCUGCCAGUCCCAGGCUCCGCGCUAGGGAAAAGCAUCGCCGGGGGCCACAGCGCGGCCGGGCAGAGCAGGAGGCCGCGCGUGCGCCCGGGAAGCGCAGCCCCGGCUCCGCCCUCCUCCCCCUCCGCUCCUCGCGGCCGCCGCCCCACUGGGAACUCCGCGCGGCGCGGCCCCGCGAGGCGGGCGCCGGGAGGGAGGGGCCGCGCUCCCCGCCUCCCGCGGCCAGCGCAGCUCCCAGCCAAGGCCACCGACAGCCCAGCUGGCGACGCGCUGACGCCGAGCCCCUCCCCCGCGGCCGCCACCGAGGCCGCAGCCCCUCCCCGCUGCGGCUGCCGCGGCCUUGGGGCGCGUCGGGCGCCGGCCCCGCCUUCGCCCCGCCUUCGCCCCGCCCCUCCCCGCCCACAAGCCUGAGGCUCCGCCCCCCGGACGGCGGCCUCCACGCCGAGUCGGUGACUCAGAGGCCGCGCGGUGCGGGGCGAACUCUCCACGGUGGCGCGGCUCCUCACACCUGCUCUCCGCCCACGGGCCCCGCGUACGCUUUCCAGUCAGGCCAGCGCCCCCGCCGCCCCUUCGGCUUUUCCGUACUCUCUCUCACUCCUCUGGUCGCUGCCUCCGCUCGCUCGCGCUGCGGCCUUCUCUUCCACUGA